AGUCCUGCUGUAAUUCAUGUACUGUUCAAUGGGGACCCUGAAAUGGCUACUGUUGUUACAGAAGACUGUCCUGAUCUGCACAUCAGGAGCAUCAUAGAACUGCUUGAACAUGAAGAUCUUACACCGGAACAGAAGGACACAGUUUCAGAUCUUUCCAUGUCUUGGGAUCUUCCGGCAGUCACCAAAACAAAUCGGAGAUGGCUACAUAACAAACUUCUACUCCAUGCAGUCGUUGGGAGGACCAUGCGCCAAAUUAAACAGUUGAGAAAGGGACUGAAAGAUGUGAUGGUAUGGCCCCUGCUGACAUCUAGGCCGGAUGUUGUACCACUUCUUUUCCCCAAAAUGGCUGAAAUGCAGUUCACACCCCAGAUGCUCCUAGAAAAAAUCAUAUGGCCAGUUGAGGACAGUGAUCAUGAAGACUUUGACUUAGACACCACCUGCCGCAUCACUGGCUUUCUAAGGAUGUUCAUUGAAACAGCUUCAUCAGGUACCCUGGCCCAGCUGCUGACAUUCUGGGUUGGCUGGGAGAUGCUUCCUCCUGAACUGAGAGUGGAGAUUUCUGGGGGAACCCUUCCUACGUCCUCCACAUGCUUUGAAACCCUAAAGCUGCCAGCUCAUUUCAAACUCUACAUGGACUUUGAGAAAGCACUUGUCGCUGCCAUAAAAAGUACUGGAUUUGGGCUUGUUUAAGUUUUUUCAGACGUCAAUUAGGGCUGGGCAAUAUUUUAAUAUUAUAUCUAUCGUGAUAUAAGACUAGAUAUCGUCUUAAGGUGCUUUUCCAUUACCAGUACCUACUUGACUCGCCUCGCCUCGACUCGCUGUGCGUCCGUUUCCCAUUGCAGAUUUUAGGAUUGCCUCAGCGUGGCUGGUCGUCAUAGCGACUGCCGUGGGCGUGUCUUA